AGGUGGAAUAAAAAUGCUGUUGAUUGUUUACUCAUUUCUUUUCACUAGCUGUGUCUUGGCUGGCACGCCUGUUGAUGAUUUGAGGGACGAGUUUUAUAGUAAAUUCAAAGCAAUUGAAAAUGAACUGGCAGAAACGAAACAUGAACUGGCAGAAACGAAACAUGAAGUGUCAGUUUUGAGAAACAAACAUGAGCACGACACGGACCGAGCGGCUAGGCAAAUCGUAUACAGCCCAUCCCAGGUCGCCUUCCAUGCUUACCUGUCCGCGCAUCCCACCGGCCUAGCCCACCAUGACGUGAUCCCCUUCGACAUGACCAAGCUUAACGCGGGAAAUGCCUUCGACCCAAGCACGCAUGUAUUUACGUGUCCAUUUAACGGCAUUUACGUCUUCCAGUCGGCACUCAUGUCGGAAGCACACGACAUGGUUCAGACGGAGAUCGUCAUCGACGGCGCCGACGAAGUUUCCAUGUACGCCGCCGGCUCGACUAACAGCCACGGGUUCGAUCAAGGUUUCAACGCGCUCGUGAACACAUGCCGGAAGGGACAGCGGGUCUGGGUGCGGAAUUACCACAUAAAUGGACACGGGAUGUACUCCAUGGAGUACUCUUCCUUCUCGGGCUUUCUAUUGUACGAGGUUGAAAUGGUUUGAAACUCAUUGGUUGGUAUUGCUCGUAGUAUUGAAUGUAUU